AUGGACUCAAAUGAAGAACUGAUCAAUACUAGGGCUAUGUCUUCAUCAUCUCCUCCAUUUUUCCUUUCUAGUGAUCACUCUACAACUUGGUCUUAUCCUUCUCAAUUUUCUCAAUCUUCUCAAUCAUCUUCUGGUGUUUCUCCUCCUAGUCCUCCUCCUCAUCAUCAUGAUCAAUCUCUUCCUUAUCCUCCUUAUGUCACCAGACCUUGCGGGGCUUGUAAGAGCCUCCGUCGACGAUGCGCCCCAAGAUGUGUCCUAGCACCAUACUUUCCCCCAGAUCAACCUUUCAAGUUCAUGGCUGUUCACAAAGUGUUUGGAGCCUGUAACAUCAUCAAAUUCUUGCAGGAAAUUCCAGAUAUCCAAAAAGCUGAUGCAGUGGAUUGCUUGGUCUAUGAAGCAGUGGCAAGGAUUAAAGAUCCAGUUCAUGGGUGUGCAGGUGAAGUUUGCCGAUUGCAGAAGCUUGUGAGAGAGCUUCAGGUGCAGUUGGAUACUGCACAAGCCCAACUUCUUAUAACUCCUUAUCAAAAGGAGAACUUGAUAUGCAAGGAGAUGAUGGAAGAAGCUCAACAACAACAACAACCACCCUUACAGGAUGAGGACUUCAUGUUAGGAACUCCAAAUUUCCAGAUUUAUGAUUGUUUCUCAUGUGACAACUCAUCCUUUCCUUCCAAUACCACAAAUUAG